AUAUAUCGAAUCUCAGUUCCUAAACCUAAAUCAGCUGCAGCAAUCCAUUCAUCUGCAAAACCCUAAUUCUUGUUUCAUCUCCGUCGGAAACGAUGUCGGUUGGAGAGCUCGCUUGCACCUAUGCUGCCUUGGUCCUCCACGACGAUGGAAUCCCCAUCACUGCGGAGAAAAUCUCGACCUUGCUGAAGGCUGCGAAUUUGUCUGUUGAAUCGUACUGGCCGAGUCUUUUCGCCAAGCUUUGCGAGAAGAGGAAUGUGGAGGAUCUUAUCAUGAACGUCGGCGCUGGUGGUGGAGGUGGCGCCGUCGCUGUGGCUGCUCCAACAGGCGGGGCUGGUGGCGCCGCUGCAGCUGCCCCUGCCGCUGAGGAGAAGAAGAAGGAAGAGGAAAAGGAGGAGAGUGAUGAUGACAUGGGCUUUGGUUUGUUUGAUUAAGAGAAUUUUGUUUGAAUGGUCAUUUUGUUCUACACUUUCUUACAUGGAGUUGAACUUGUUUUAGAUUCUUCUUGUUAGUAGUUACUGUCUUACUUCAAAGUACUCAAAUUGUGGUACACGAAUUUUGAGUGUUUUUUUGAUCUUUUAUGUGAGACAAUUUCCAUUCA